UUAUACGUGUCAUCGCCAUUUUGAGUUGUCGCUGGGUUUGUUUAUAUACAGUUAACUCAGCGUAAUGUGGUCAAGACGAGAUAUUUUCGAGAAUUAUGAUGUAAGAAUUAAGUAAUUCGUUGCGAACAAUGUUCCGUGCAUUUUAAGGAGAUAUAUAGGAGACGAUUAAUCCCUGAUUUCGGGACCAGUUGCUUACAGUUAUGUUCUACGCACAUUUUGUGUUGGCGAAGAAAGGGCCGCUGGCCAGAAUUUGGUUGGCGGCCCAUUGGGACAAAAAACUUACCAAAGCUCAUGUUUUUGAAACCAACAUAGAGAAGUCUGUUGAUGGUAUCUUACAACCAAAGGUGAAGAUGGCUUUACGAACAUCAGGCCACUUGUUGCUGGGAGUUGUGAGGAUAUAUUCGAGAAAAGCCAAGUACUUGUUGGCUGAUUGUAAUGAAGCAUUUGUUAAAAUCAAAAUGGCAUUCCGGCCUGGCAUGGUGGAUCUUCCAGAGGAAAACCGUGAAGCUGCUGUUAAUGCCAUCACGUUACCAGAGGUGUUUCAUGACUUCGAUGCCAUUCCCGAACUGAAUGAUGUUGACAUUGAAGCACAGUUCAGUUUGAACCAAUCUCGGGCUGAGGAAAUAACUAUGCGUGAAGAUUAUGGAAAUAUAUCGCUGGUGACGAAUGAUGAAGGAUUUGGAGACAUGGGAUUUGACACUGAACCACCAGAAUUAAUACGAAAUGUUUCCAAUUUGGAGCCAUCUUUGGAUCAGGCGAGCUUGCUGUUCAGCGACGGGCCGCCCGUAGAGCACAUGGCCGCGCUCGAGAAGGAGAAGGAGCCGCAGCCCUCGACAUCGGGGGGGCAGUCCUCUCGCUCCGCCAUGGAAAUAGAUGCUCCCAUCAGGGACGAUGGCUUUGGCGGUAAUUUGGGGCAAGACAUCAUAGCAGGGGGCCUGUUCGAGGGAGGUUUGUUCGACGAUGCACCCAUGCCCCCGGAGGUGGCGCCGGUGGAGAACCCGUUGCCAGUGCCCCCGAUCGAAGAGCCGGAGAAAGUUGCAGACGAGGCGGUGGCCCAGGAGAGUGACGAUGACCUGGGGGACCACUUUGGGGGUCCGCCCUCUGUGGGAGGCCACAGCUCUGACGGAGAUUCCCAGCCGGCCACCCCCGCCCCUGGCCUGCCCCCAGAGCCCCCUCCGCCGGAGCAGCCGGAGCCGGUGGCCCCGCCCCCCGUCGAGCCGCCCUACCAGGACCCCGUGGACGAGCUGCCGAGCGUGGCCCAGGACCAGACCACGCUGCUGCAGAACGAGGAGGAGAGCUUUGCCCUCGCUCCCGUCGAUGCCUCAGCCUUGAGGGGUUUUACUAAGACAAAACGUAAGCGGAAGUUGAUAGUGGAUGAAGUGAAGAACAUAUCGGGCGAAGAGAUGAAAGCACAGUUGUCGGACACUAGCGACAUAGUGACGACUUUAGAUCUCGCUCCCCCGACCAAGAGAUUGAUGCACUGGAAAGAGACCGGGGGAGUUGAGAAGUUGUUUGCCCUGCCUGGUCGCAGCAUCCCUGCCAGAUGCAUUUCGAAGGUAAUCAAGAGCUACCAGAGGCACCUGACGAGCCGGCCGGCAGAGAACUACGACUUCGGGUCGGUGGGCGACGAGCAGGAGGAGGAGGAGCUGCCCCUGGAGCAGGUGCGGGAGGGGGAGGGGGAGGCGGCCGACGCGACGGGCCGCCGGGUCACCAGGAAGAGGAAGCUGCCCGAGCCGGAGGAGCCCCAGCCCAAGAGGAUUCCGGAGCCGCCACAGGAGCCCGUGGACCUGCAGCAGUUCAUGCCCCCCUCCAACCUGCCCCUGCAGCCACCCCCCACCCCCCAGCAGUUCGUGGCGCCCGCCACGCCCCAGCCCGCCGGCCUGGACGUCCCGUUGCUGGCGCCGCCCACCCCGGGCCUGGGGCUGCUGGCCCCGGGCACGCCCAUGCCACCCACGCCGCUCCCCAUGGACGUCGACAUCCCCCACCUGCAGCCCGACCAGGUGCAGUCCCUGCUGCAGCAGCACGAGCAGGCACCAGCGUCCGUCCCCCCGCAGACUCCCCUGGAGCAGCAGGUGCCCGAACUGCCGCCGCCCACACCCGCGCCCCCGUCCGUGGCCCCAGCGCAGGGAGAGCUGGAGCCCGCGCCGCCCACGCCCCAGCAGCCGGAGCAGGCCCCGCCCUCCGUCGCGCCGGAGGAGCUGCCGCCCCCGCCGCCCCUCGCCGCCCCCGCCACGCCUGCCGCACCGCCCACCCCCGCCCCUGCCGCCCCCGCCGCGCCGGGCGCCGAGCAGCCCCCCAUGGAGAACAUGGGCUACGACAUGAACAAUCCCAUGAUGGCAAACAUGGGAUACGAUGACCAGCAUCCUCCUGCCCAGACACCAGGUGCCAUUUCAGAACGAGGCGUCACGACGCCUUGGAAUGAAGACUACGAGUUCCCAGCAUCCGUUGGACCGCCGGAGGAACAGCAAGUGGACGAGACGUAUGAGCAGUUUGAGGAGCGUGUGCUGAACAAGCGCGCAGGCCACAUGUACCACAUCGUCAAGAGCAAACUGAAGCGCGCAGAGAGCUUGGCUCUUUCCGACAUGCUCCACCGGAACAACAAGAAACAGGUGGCGCAGAAAUUCUACACUCUUCUUGUACUGAAGAAACACUGUGUGUUAGAACUCAUGCAGGAAAGUUCAUAUGAAGAAAUUUUCAUUUCCAGGGGACCAAAAUUUGAAAAUCCAGCUCUGUGAAGAUUGUAAUUGUAAUUAGUUUCAAAAGUGACCGGUUAAUAAACAAACUUUAAGCACAUGGAAUAAAUAUAAUUUUGAGUGACCAUAACUACGAGUGUUAUUUUUAUAAUCUAAGGAGAUGACUAUGAUAGUGUUAGGUGGAUGAUGUAGUUUAAUAUUUGUAUUAAUUUCUGGUAGUGAUGUGUUGGUUCUACUUCAUCCUGGUUCUUGGUUUCAGGUUAAAGAUUUAGCUAUUAAGUUUCCCAUGGUACCGAAAUUAUAUUUGUAAUUCUCAGUGCUGGUCAAUUAGCUGAGAACCGGAGAAACCAAGACCCAAGAACACAUCACUAAUUUUUACCAAAUACGUUUGCAAUACCGGAUGGCCUUGUGCUAUCAAUACAGCCAGGAGUGCGAUAAUAACCUAGCAGAAAGGUGCUUCAAUUCAAUAUAAUUUUUCGUAGACUUGUUUCCUUUAUUACAAUGUUGCGUAUUGUAAAUUUUAAUCAAAUACAUUGUUGAUACUGGACAGAAAGUGCAUCGCCUGCCAUGUAUUGAACUGGUGUGACAACAGUGCCAGGUUUUCACACAAAUUUUGGAGCUAUCGGUGUUAUGCUCUGGUAUAUGUUUCUUGCUUACUUUUUUUUUUUUUUUUUCUGUUCACCAGCUUGUGAUAAUUUCAAUGAUAUUUCAACAGUUAAAACACUUGUUUGAUUUUAGUUUUUGAUAAAGUAUUUUUUCUAUAGCUCAUACUUGGUAUGAGUAAAUAAUUGCUGUGUUUGAUAAUCUUUUUUUUAAUAGGAUUUUUAGUACAGUUUAUCAAAUCUGAUAAUAGGAUUCUUGUUUUUAAAAAUAAAGGGUUUAUUUGUUAAUGAAUUACUGUAGUGUAUAUUACGUAAUAUACAUUCAGAAAGAUGGUAGUGUGUUGCUGAGUAAUGUUGAUAAGUCUUUGAGACAGUUGAAAUUGAACUGAAUUGAAAUUUUUUUCUUCUUCAACGCUAUGCUACUAAGAUGUUGGCCAUUUCUUCAAUGAACAAAGAAAGUGCAUUGUAAGAUUAAUGUAACCCAAUCAUGUUUAUGACUAAUCUGGAAAUAUUUAUGAAAUAACCGUUACAGUAGCUUAGUUUUUACAAAUGAAAUAGAACAUUGUAUGUUUCAUCCCAAGUUCCCCUCCCCUCUAUCCCUUCUCUAAAUCUAGUUUGUGUUCGUGUUCCUCUGUACUAUACUUCUCUGUUCUUGCAAUAUCUUUUUGAUGUUAUUUUAUUAUAUUUAUUUUAAUGCAUACCUUUAACAGUUAUUUCAUUCCAAUUGAAAUUAAUUGUUUUGUAAUGCUUUUGCAUAGUCAAUCAAAUAUUUUUCUUCCUUUUUUUUUUUUUUAAUUAAUUUUGAAGUUUGGAUUUGUUUGCUGAUAACUAAGUUCCUAUUAUUAACCAAAAUUGUUUGAAAUUGGAAGAAAAAAGUGAAAGUUGUAUUGUGCAAGAUUGUUAUGUGCUUUGACAACUACAUUAUAGUUGAAGUAAAUGAUUUUGAUUAAAGUUUCUUGUUGCUUCAUAUAAAGUGAUGUUGAAGUUAAAUAAGUGUCACAAGCAAUGUAUUUAUUCCAUGUGGGGUUGGUUUCAGUGGGUUGCAGAUUGUCACAAAGACAAUAAAUUGUAUAAUGUGUAAUGUGUGACCAAAGCGCUGUGGCUUAUUGGGUAAAACCCGAGCCAAGUGGUUUUUGUGUAUGGAUUUUUUCUAUUUGAAAUUAUAGUGAAAGAAUUCGUAAGUAUAUGUAUGUACCGUAACGACCUGGCAUAUAAGACUUCAGCAUUUUGAUAAUUAAAAUUGGAAAAUGAACUCGCAACUUUAAAUCAGAUGGUAACUUGUAUAUCAGCAGUUCUGUAAACAAAAGUGAACAGUUCAGUUUUAACUACCUUGCUUUUGAAUCCUCACAGCAUAGAAAAUGAGACCAUAUCAUAAAGUAAAGUGUGGCAGAGACAAACAAAAAACACAUGGCCUUAUCCGUCAUGUUAUUUAUUGUAUUUUGUGUUUUGUACAAAAUUUGCCGCCAGAUAUACAAGAAAUCCCACUUAGGGCCACAAUCCAUAGUUCUGCAGACACUCUGAAAUAUUAUUUUUAACAUUAAUUACCUAGCAGGGAAUAAAAAUAAUGCAUACAGUGUUGUAAAUUAAGCUGCAAACUUUCUUAUAAAUGCAACAAUAAUUUUAUCCAACAGUGUUUCACUGAAAUAUUUUAAUUUCAGAAUUUUAAAACUAAAUAAUUUUUAGUAUAAAGAUCCUACAUAGCUGUUAUUUUGCACACAGUACACACUAAACAUGCUUAAUGGAACUGUAGCAAAACACUUUUACACAUACUCAGUAGUGAUGUGUCGGUUCUACCUUUUUCCCGGAUCCGGUUUUUAAAAAUCGGUUUUCGGUACUCUGUUUCAGGUUAACCUUCACACUAUUUCAAGUGCACCAAGGUUACAGGAUAACUAAAUAAAUGGUGUAUUUGUUUAACAAGACUCAUCAGCGACCUACUCUACCAUAAUUUAGACCACAAAGUAGUCACUUAGCCCCUAGGUAGCAGCACAGUUGCUUCUCGUGUCACUAGAUGCUGGAUCAGAACUGUACAGACAUCCUUUGGUGCAGCAGUAUCUCACAGCUUUUUUUUAUUCGAUCAGUUUUUAAUUUAGGCACACCAAUAAAAAAUUUCUUGAGAAAAAUUUUAAUAUUUUUUCACAAGAGAUUAAGUAACAUAUAAAAAAUAAAAACUAAUACUGGAGUAGCGAGUAAUGUAUGUAUUACAAUGGGUAAGGGAUGGUACACACAAGUUAACAGAUGCCUGUUUAAAGAGUAUAUUAAUACAUGAUAUGCUUUAAUAACCAUUCACUUGUCACAUGGGGCUUGAAGUGAAACUAAAAGAUGUGUGGUUGUUGGUCAUUGGCAAUAUACCGCGGUGUUUUACCAGGGGGAAAGUAAUAGCUGUUAUGCUUUCCUUUCCAGCCGUACUGACAUUAUAUUGACAGUUCUUGGUGCUGGUUAAUUUUCGUAGAACCGGGAACGACCCAUCCUUUAUACUCAGAAUAUAAUUUUAUUGAUAUUAGAACUUUUUAAGAGACAUGUACGCAGCACAUGAAAAUAACUAUAUUGUGCUAAUUCAGCUGUCGGGCAACGAUAUUGACUAGAUUUAUAGCGCAUAAAAUAUGUGUAAUAUUGUCAAAGAUUAAAUGCUAAACUUUUUUAAAUGACUAUAAACACAUUCAGUGUAAACCAAUGUUAAAAAAAGUUUUGUGAGCAGCUCUUUUAGAUUUUAUUUAAACAUUAAAGUAUCAAACAAUACCUACAUAGACACUUAGUACAAUAUCAGUAGUAAGCGUUAGCUUACUGUGUACAAUUUAAAUACCAUCUUGGUUUGUUGGUUCCAAUUGGCUGAUGUUUUCAAAAGAACUGUUCAGUAAUAUGUUGGAAUAUUGGCAGAAGUUAGUUGCCAUCAAGGAAAAGUAAGGCAUCAUGGCGACCUGGCAUCCGGGUUUUGUAGACCCUGGUUCUAAUGCCUUUCUUUAUAUUGUGGAAAAACUAAGGAUCUUAGCCUUACAAAAAUUUACUGCAUGGUAAGUUUAAAAGAUUUAGCACUUGGCCUAUAAAUACAGUUAAACCUCAUCCAUCCAGACUAACUGGAACCAAAAGUAAUCCAGACAAUCGAAAAUCUGGGUAAUAUGGGUAACAAGUGAAACAAAAUCCUUAAAUAAGCAGACUUACCGUUUCAGUAUUAUAAAAUACUAAUUUUUGUAAUAAAAAUACCUAUUAUACUUCUCUAAAUUGUUUACAAGACAUAAAAAAAUAUAUGAAAAUAACUGUUCACAUAAUUUAUUAACAAAGAAUUGAUCCACUUCUGUUUCAAACAUGUCUGGCAUUGAAUGAAGCAUGGUGACACAAAUGCUUUGUCGAUAAUGUUCAUAUGGAGCAGUGUCUGGCUGAUGCUCAAAGUAUACCAUGAUGAAUGUCAGCUGGUGUGCUUUCUUAAACUCAACAAAAAGCAUUUUAUUAUUUUUAUUACUGUAAUACUACCAUAUAUGCAGGAACUAUACAUUAAAUCAAAAAUAUUUGGCUUACUUAUACAUACUAAUAUUCUUGAUAACGUAGUUAAAAAAUUUUCUAUGUGAACAUUAAAUAAAAUGUCUACAAAUCUGAUCCAAAGAAUCGGAUCGAGGGUUGGAUAAACAAGGUUUUAUUGUACGUACAAAAGUGCUAAUAUAUAUAACUAAGUACCUUCAGAAACUUCUUAACAGGAUUUUACAGUAGUCUACAUGUUAUCUGCUACUGUAUUUGUAAAAAUGCCAGGUGAAUAUUUAUUGUUAAAAAAUUUUCCUGACUAAUUGUAUUUACUCCAAGAUCAUUUUCAGGAAUUCCACACCAGGGUAGUACAAAAAAUUACUAUUGUGCUCUCAAUUUCAAAAAUUAUUUAUUAUAAUCUGAAAUUAGCAAAAAUUAAAAUAAAAACAUGGCAGUAGUGGAUAGUAGAAUAAAAACAGGUUCAAGCUUGUAAACUCAUUAUAAAAAUAGUUCUACCCUAUCUUCGUUGAUGCAACAUGCAUAAGAACAUCAGGAUGUGCAAAAGCUGUGAAAUAGUGAGGUAAAGUACCAUCACAUGUUAUUUAAGGACUCCACGUACCUGGGCAUGCACAUGGUGUGCAGAGCUUCCAAGAUAUCAGAGAGGUGUCUGUUUGCGAAAAGCAAUUAAGAAUACGCUGAGGUCGGAUUUGUAUUUCUGUUUCCGUGUUUAAUUUUUUAAAACACUUGUGUUAACUCCCAGUAGAGAUCCUUGAAUGCACUUUAGGCACUUAUAAUACAUUCUGCCUAAUGUUAUGAUUAUUGCUCAUAUCACAUAGUUUACCUGUGCACGAGAAGACUGCGCAUUAGUGUACAACCUUACACUUAGAUGCGACACCGCGUUAGAUGCCCCAGAGUGCCUUGCACUGAUCAUCCCGCUUAAUGUCGCUAGGUGGGAAGUUGAGCAACUUAAAGCUCUCACGUAAAAUUAUCGUCUUGUGUGCCAGAGAAUACGGUACUUUUUAAAUCUGAAUUGUAUGUAAAAUAGUGUAUAUUUUUUGGUAUCUGUAAUUUUUCUCGGACUGAUUUUUAACUUGAGUGCACACACAGUUCAUAACUCGGGCAUUGUGAUAACAGUUGCAGUGGGUCAUCUGUGGCAACUGGACCAACAGUGAUCUUCACCUGUGUUUGUUGAGAGAGUGGAUGUAUUGUGGCUGCACUUGAGCUAUGUGGAUACCGUAAAUGUAAGGUAGGUUGUACAAAUUUUUUUUCUAUGUUGCAUCGUUACAGGAUGUUUUGAACGAAAUGAUUUCACUCUUAAUGAUGUACACAACUGAACAUAGUUUUUUUAGUUGUAUAUACAAUUAAAAUUAUGUGCUUUUUAUGUACACUUAUUGUUUAAUUCAGUUAGAAUAGUAAUACCUUGAAAAAACCCAAUAAAUGUACCUAGACCUUUUA